GGGGGUUCCUCCGGUCCCUCCUCUCUGCGGUUCUCCUCCUCACCGACACCGAGAUCUGCCCUCUUGGACCGAAUCCUAAACCUCUAUCUCUCUCCAUCCAAGCCCCCUCUCCUCAGUCGAGAUCGAAGCAUUCCAAUCCACAGCUUUUGAACUGGCCAAAGGGCGAACUUGGCAUUUGUGCUUUUCUGCAGGGAUGACAAAAAUGUAAGGAAAUUUUAAAGGAGAGAAGGAGAGAAGAAGAGAAAAGUGGACAAAAUUUUCCGUGCUUUGAAUCCAGUGGAGUCAUGAAUUCAAGAAGAGAUUAUCGAAGCAAUAGGGCUGCUCUUUUCGAUGGCAUUGAGGAAGGUGGCAUCCGAGCCUAUUCCUCUCAUGAAAUUGAUGAGCUUGACAAUGAUAGAGCUAUUGAUGGGCUGCAAGAUAGAGUUAACAUUCUUAAGAGAUUGACGGGUGAUAUUAAUGAAGAAGUUGAGACGCAUAAUCGCCUGCUGGACAGAAUGGGCCAUGAUAUGGAUGCUUCAAGAGGUGUUCUUUCUGGAACAGUUGAUCGUUUCAAGAUGGUUUUCGAGAAAAAAUCGAGUCGCAGAAUGGCUACACUUGUUGCAUCCUUUUUGGCAGUCUUCUUGCUUAUAUACUACUUGACCAAGUAGGGUUCUGCAUGAUCUGUUAGGCUACUACUGUUAGCUUUACAAUGACUUGAGAAAACUAUUGGUCCUACUAAUGAGGUUUUGCAACAAUAACUUCGUGUAUAUUAUUUUCCUUGCAAACUAUAUGUAAACAUAUGAGAUCUUGAAGGUUCAAUGUCUUUCUGGUUGAAGAUCGAGAUGUCUGGGCUGAUCCAGCAUUCAUUGUUUGUGGAAUUAUAGCUACUGUUGUCAGAACUUAAUCUGGUACUGAUUAUUGGCAUAUUAC